AUGAGGGAAAUGAGAAAGAAGUUCGAUGGCCUCUACCAAGGGAGUAUGAGUGUCAUGGAGUAUGAGAACAAGUUGACGUUUCUUUCUCGCUAUGCACCGAACUUGGUUUAUUCUGAAGUGGUGAGGCGGGCAUUGCUUGUGGAGUCAGAGGACAAGGAUUCACAGUGGAUUAGGGAGUCCAAAAAGCAUUUCAGGGGUGAGGCUUCAUCUUCAGGGAGUCAAUCGAAGAAGUUUAGAAGAGGAGGGGGCAGUUCAUACUCACAGGGGUCUCAGCAGCAGGCACGUCCUGCACCCACAGUUCCCUUAUCUUUGGGAUCCACACGUGAGGUAGUCUGCCACCAUUGUCAUCAGUCAGGACACAUUAAGCCAUGUUGCCCACAGCUUCAGACACCUACCACACAGUCUUUUACUGCUUCGACCGGACUUCUGAAUACUUGCUUCAGUUGUGGUCAGACAGGACAUUUCAAGAAGGAGUGCCCACAGAGGGGGAGUGGAUCACGUGGUGGUACGGGAUCACAGUACAGGCAGUCACAGUUAUCCGUUGUCCAGUCUGGAUCUAGAGUUCCACAGACACCACAGCCUGCAGCUUCAGUUCAGGGCCCACGACCUGCUAGGGGCUCUACACCUAGUACAUCACAUUCAUUUAUUUCAUCAUCAUUUGCACAUUCAUUGGGGUUGGAGAUCACAUCCUUGGAUGGGGUUCUUUGUGUUGACACAGCAGUUGGGGGACCAGUUACGUUAAAUAGGAUUUGUCGGGGUUGUGCUAUUGAGUUAGCAGGGCGGACAUUGUGGUUCGACUUCAUUCCUCUUGAGAUGACGGGUUUUGACGUCAUUCUUGGGAUGGAUUGGUUGUUUUUUUUUCAAGCCACCAUUGAUUGUUUUCGAGGGAGGGGUCGUCACAGGUUCUACUUGGCCAGCCUUUUAGUCGAGGAAGAAUGGAGUCUGGGUGAUAGUUUUCCAGCAGUGGUUGGUGAGUUCGUUGAUGUCUUUCCGGAGGAAUUGACAGAGUUGCCUCCCAUACGGGAUGUUGUGUUCGCCAUUGACGUCAUACCCGGUACUGCGCCCAUCUCUAUGGCGUCGUAUCGCAUGGCACCUGCGGAGUUGAAUGAGUUGAAGAGUCAGUUGGAUGAUUUGAAAGCAAAGGGCUUCAUUCGCCCUAAUGCUUCACCGUGGGGAGCACCGGAGGAACAUGAGUCUCACUUGAGAACAAUGUUGCAGACCCUUAGGGAUAACUGGUUGUAUACCAAGUACGAGAAGUGCGAGUUUUGGCUACCAGAAGUGAAGUUCCUUGGACAUGUUGUCUCAGGAGGAGGAGUUUCAGUUAAUCCUUCGAAAAUUGAAGCAGUAAUGGAUUGGGAACGUCCGAAGAGUGGAAUCAAGUUUGUAUGGAAUGAGGCUUGUGAGCUAGCCUUUCAGGAGUUGAAGACUAGAUUAACUACGGCUCCAAUUUUGGUGAUUCUUGAACGUGGUUUGGGUUAUGUGAUCUAUUGUGACGUUUCACGAAAUGGUUUGGGUUGCGUCUUAAUGCUGACGGAACGGGUGGUUGCUUAUGGGUCUAGACAGUUGAAGACUCAUAAGCAGAAUUAUUCGACUCAUGAUUUGGAGUUGGCGGUAGUGAUUUCGCAUUGA